UCUUCCCGGGUCCCGCUGCGCCUGUAGCCCUGUCAACCACACGGAGACGAGGCAACAUGGGUCAUACACCGAAGUUGUAGGCGACGAAAAAGAUAACUACCUCACCAUUUUCAACUAAAUCCAGAAACAAACUGACCAAACAUUGCCAAAGAACACAGAAGACAGAGACACUCUGAUUGAAGAUUUUAUCAGGAUAUCUCAGCGAUUGAACAUUAGGAAUGCAAGGGCAGAUUUGGCACUCGUCACCUGAUCCUCACAAGGCAGCCAGAUCUCUUUCCGCGAAACCUACGUUUCCUUUUCCAGCGAAUCACAGGGAUCUGGGCCUGGUCGGGCGUCUGUAGUAUAUCUCCUGCAUCUGACUCAUUGAAGAACUCCUCGUCCAGUUUGAGGCUGCUGAUAGACUGUGAUGAUGUCAUUCUCCAUGGCCCUGCACCUCACCGCUGCUAUCCAACUCCUGGCGCUGGUGGCCAUAUGUGACCAGGUUACAGCUGAUCGCAUCAACUUCUACAACGUCAAACCACCUGUGGAAGCCACUCCAUUCCCUAAGAGCUUCAAGUGCUUCACCUGCGAGCAAGCUGCAGACAACUACAACUGUAACCGCUGGGCUGAGGACAAGUGGUGUCCACAGAAUACACAGUUCUGUAUGACAGUGCACCACUUCACCAGUCAUGGCAAGACCAAGUUUGUGACCAAAAAGUGUGCUGCCAGAGAGGUGUGUCACGCUUCAGGCUGUAGACAUCACAGGGACAUGGGUCACACAGAGUGUGUGUCGUGCUGUGAGGGUAUGAUCUGCAACGUGGAGGUCCCCACCAACCACACCAAUGCUGUGUUUGCCAUGAGGCAGCAGGCCUACAGCUCAGCCCCACCCCAGGCCCCUGUGAGGACAGCGUGGAGCUGCUACUGGAUGACAUUACUCACCACCCUGGGCCUGGGGUUGACCAGACUGGCCCUACUGUGACACUGCUGUCCCUCAGAGCAUGUCCCUAUAGAGGGGACCAGAUUAUACCAGACCAGCAUGUUCCUCUGAACAUGGAGGAUGUGUGUUGUUACAAGUGUGGUGGUAAUCUGUGUUAAAGAUGUCACAUAGAUCAAUCGAACAAUCACGAAGGACUACAGCAGUGUCCUAAUGAAUGAUGCUUGGUUUGAUAACAUUGGUUGCAUCUACAUAAGCCAAUAGGACUGGAGAAAGCAUCCAUGGAAUCAAUAGAAUUGGACAAAGACCAAUGGUCAGUGGAUCUAUAGAAUUGGAUGUAGCUUGCUGGCUAGUGGAGUUGGCAAGCAGAGGAGUUAGCCGGAAGGGUUCAAGGAGGAUCAUGCCCAUCAUAAGUCUAAUAUCCAUUGCUGAUUCAAAGAUGGAUGCCCAGUGACCGAUCCUUCAAUCAGCCCUGGCCAGAGCCCUAAACUACUAUACGGAGCAUGCCGAAUGAGAGGCUGGAACCGGGAGACUUUAAAUGUUCCACAGAACAUUCCCUAGGAUUAUUCAUGGUCCUGGGAAUGUUAAUCGUGUGUUUUCUGUGGGAUUCUGCAGCACUGCAGUGCACACAUGGACCAGGAAUGACUGGACACAUAGGCAUGCCCCAUGCCCAUUGGAUCAGGGAGAACUUUGGGAGACGAUGAUAGACAUGGAAUCUGGCGUAAAUGUAUUAGUACUUGAUCCAUAGUAUGGCACAAAAUGAAAGCCAUUUUGCACUUGAAUGUUUUGUUAAGAAAUAUUGUUACUUGUAUUUUUUUAUAGCAUAACUUGUGAAUAUCCUUAAAUAAAAUGGAAAGAACUAUACUUUUGGAAAGAUUUACUUUUCUAUAUAUUUAGCUUUUCUCGACAACAUGCCUUAAUGACAUUACAGUGUUACUUUUACCAGAAUGUAUUAUCUCUUUGCAGAAGUCCCAUGUCUGUGGCCAUAUCUGUUCUUCGAUCUGGAAAUCUCAGAAAAAGAUGGAAUAUGAUAUUUAUUUACAUAAAUAGUUGCAAUGUCUGGUGAUGUAAUAUGGCAUAAAACUAUCAUUGCCAUGAAGUUGUGAGAGAUUAACGACAAAGGAUUUUAUGACUUUCCAUGUCAGCAACAUGAAAAAGUUUACCUUUUUAAAGGUUAACCUUCUUAUCGUGUUUUAUUGAUAUUUAUUGAAUAUGUCAAGAAACCAUGGAAUGUUCUGUUAUUUAUGGCAUAUUAUACAACGGGUGGGUCUAAUCCUGGAUGCUGAUUGGUUAAAACCGAGUUCCAGCCGGUGUCUAAUCCACAUGUUACCACCCACUAAGGCUACAUUGAAAUGCCUAUUUAAUGUUCCAUCUCACUGCUCAAUCCACCGUCGCAUCAGCCCAGCCAGGCAAUUUAUGAACUUGAUCUCUACUGUAAAAAGCAUCUAGACAUUAUCUCCCAUUUCUUUUAGACUAGCAUUUCGUUUUCAACAGUGGCGGCUUGUAUAAAACGUGCUGUCUGUCUCUCUGACAUCUGUAACGUUGUUUCAAUAUGGAAAUUAGAUUUCCAACUGUUUCAUAGUAAUGAAAGUGCCGGGACGAGAUGGACAGGCAGGCAACUUUUCUCAGCCAGUCGAAAUCAUGAAUCAGCAUAAUGUUUAUGGAUACAUACAAAUACAUUUCAAUAGAAAAACAGGUCAAACAAAAUGAAACACAGCUAGUUUGCUGUUUUUCCAGAUUCCGUUUGAAGUGAUUGUGUUAGUGUAGUUGUCUAGCUCCUCUGAACUGUGUCCUGGAGUUGUCACUAGUUACCACAGCCACAAAGUCAACGUGGGUAUUUCAUUAAAAAAAAAUUGGAAACAAAAAGUUUUUGGGUCGUAAUUUAAGGGUAAGGCAUAAGGUUAGCAGUGUUGUUAAGGCUAUGGCUGAGGUUAGGUUUAAAAUCAGAUUUUAAGAAGAGAAGAAAGAGUAGAAAUAGGCAGGGACUUUGUGGCUGUGGUAACUAGUGACAACCGUGUCCUUGCAAGAGAUCAAAUUGUCUGUGCGGGACAAAAUCGUGUAUCAUUAGCUCAUUGUUUUGGAUGUAUCCAAAUAAAUGUCACUAGAAAACAGUUAUGCAAAUGCAGUUCAUUUCUGUUAUUCUGGCUGCACUGUUUGAUGUGACUGUGUUAAUGGAAGUUGGCUAGCUAGCAAGCAAGGGAUAAGAACGUUUUCCAGACAGCAUGGCGAUGUAACAUUUAGAACGAAAGACUGGCUUGCGUCCAUAGAUAUCGAACAAAAAGACUAAACUACUGGGUCUCUGGCAACCUAACCGAUAGAAUGAACGACCAGCCAGCUAGGGUAGCAACCCUAGAUCUGUGUCAGUGCUAUAUUUUGUGGAAGCAUGAAAUAGAAUGAAUAUAUUCAUACAAAUUAUGUUUUUAUGAAAAUAUGUCAAUCAUUAUUUGAAUA